AUGGCUGCUCACAGUGCUGUGCUCUCUGUCUCCAGGAUUAUAAAUCCUAUCUGGGGUCGACACUUGGGAAAUACGGUUAAAGUAUUUGGAACAACUUUGACAAGUCACCGGAAUAAAACACUUCAUGUUAGUGACAACAUUCCCCCUCCUGCAAAGUAUGGAGGUCGACACACUGUGACCCUGAUACCCGGGGAUGGAAUCGGUCCAGAGCUUCUGAGUCAUGUUGUAGAGGUUUUCAGGUUCAGCUGUGUGCCUGUGGACUUUGAGGUUGUGCAUGUCAACUCUGCACUGGAGGCCGAGGACGAUAUCGAUAAUGCCAUUACCGCCAUCCGCCGAAAUGGAGUUGCUCUUAAAGGUAACAUAGAGACCAAACAUACCAUGCCGCCAUCUAUGAAAUCCAGAAAUAAUCUUCUACGCACAAGCUUGGAUCUGUAUGCCAACGUGAUGCACUGCCAGUCCCUCCCUGGAGUCCAAACUCGGCACAGGAACAUCGACAUCAUGAUCAUCAGGGAGAACACAGAAGGAGAAUACAGCAGUCUGGAGCACGAGAGUGUAUCGGGUGUAGUGGAGUGUCUGAAGAUCAUCACCAGGAGCAAUUCCCUCCGGAUUGCUGAGUAUGCGUUUCAACUGGCUCGGGAGAAAGGUCGUCGCAGGGUCACUGCAGUGCAUAAAGCCAAUAUCAUGAAGCUUGGAGACGGCUUGUUUUUGCAGUGCUGCAGGGAAGUGGCCUCUGGAUACCCCGACAUCACUUUCGACAGCAUGAUCGUGGAUAACACCACCAUGCAGCUUGUGUCCAAACCCCAACAGUUUGACGUGAUGGUGAUGCCUAAUCUGUAUGGGAACGUUGUCAGCAACGUGUGCGCCGGCCUGGUGGGAGGGCCUGGCCUUGUGCCUGGCGCUAAUUAUGGUCGGGACUAUGCCGUGUUUGAAACGGCUACAAGGAACACAGGGAAAAGUGUUGCAGGGAAAAACAUUGCUAACCCCACUGCUAUGCUGCUGGCUAGUUGCAUGAUGCUGGACCACCUCAAGCUUUACAACUAUGCCAACUUGAUAAGGAAUGCAGUACUCACCACAAUGAAUGAAACCAGGUUGCACACAGCAGAUCUAGGAGGUCAGGGCACCACAUCUGAGGUGGUCCAAUCCAUCAUGAGGAUCAUCCAGAGCAAAGGACAGCUCACUGCAGACAUCUAAUGCGUCUUUGUCGACACUGCUUCAGCGGUGUGGAAUCAUGGGUAUGGAUCCGAGCAGAUUGUACAAUAUGAAACACAGGACAUCCAAGCAUUUUUGUUCAAAUCCCUAAACGGUUACCAGUAAAAAAAAAAAUACAGUAUCCCUCCUGUUGGAUAAUAAAAACUACUGUAUUUUUUUUCCCUGGAAGUUUUUUGUUGAGAUGUUUUAUCAGUGCAUCAUCAUAAAUAACUGUAACAUAUUGGGGCCUUUUUUUUCCUUUUUUUUUUUUUUACUGUUUCACACCAACUACGUAUUGGAGGCAGUAAUAUUAAAGUCUGUAUCAUUUGGCUGCCUUGUCUUCUCACUGCUUUCUAAUACGAGUUAUUUAUUUUUCUGGAAUGAACUAAAAUGGUAAGUGAUCAUGUAAAGUCUUUUUUUUUGUCAUAACAGAUUGCUAUUGAAAUGCAAUCUGUGAUUUAAAUAAAAAACUUGUUCAGCCAUAUGUGAUAUCAGAACAGACCAGAGUAGAUCAAGUAACUGCUGUGACUGAUUAACUUUUCUGUUGCUAUUUUUGCGAUAUUUGACUAAAUGAAUUAGAUCAGAGUUUAACCUGAAAAAUUUCUUUAAAGCAGAGGGUCAUGGUUACUGUAUAAUGUGCUAUCAAUAAAGAAAUGUAUCUCCUAUGC